UAUCAAUUCGUAUUUUUAUUUAUUUAGCAGAUAGCAGAUAGGUAGGUGGUCUAUGGUUUUGACAAGAGUACACUCAAAAUCAGUAGAGGGAUAUUUAAUUUAUAGUGAGCCAUUUGCGGCGAAUUCUCAUCUCAGAACUAUUCCCGACUCGCCGCCUUUUCCCGAUUUGGGAAAAUAGGACGUUGCUUCCGGUGACGAGGGGCUGCUGAUCCUCCCAUGCAGUUUUCACAACUGUUUUGCCAGAGAGCGAAUGUCGAUGUCUUGCCAGGAUUUCUAAUAAACGCUGGGCUUCUUCUGGUGUGAAUUGCCUGUGAUAGCGAAUUCUCGAUAUUCGAAACAUUAUUUUCGUUUUUUUUGUGAUCAGGACGACCUACUAUCUGUAUAAAUCAUCGAGGAAUCAGAGGAUAUAAUCAAGAUCAAGUAAAUUCCAGAAGCAGCUGUUCGAGCUGCCAGCCAUGUUUGGCACACUGUGUCCCUGAGCCUGUUUUGCACAUCGCUGCCCCCUGCUGGACCUCUGCAGAAUGAUCCGCUGGCUGCUCUGGGCCCUGCUAGUGGCCUUGCAUACCGGAGUGAGCCGGAGCCAAGAUGGCCUCCAGCCUCCAGUACCUCAGGGAGUGAGAGUGGAGCCGGAUUUUGGCUCUCAGGUGCUGUCCAUCUCAUGGGAGAAGAACCCCGCCUCUCCCAAACUGAUGUAUGACGUCCAAGUCCUCCGCACCGAGCUGAUGGAAGUGGUAUAUAAUGAAACGAUAGAGGUGAGACCCGAUUCCCCUGGGAAGGUUCACCACUUCAACUGGACCUCCGGCGUACCCCUGGAGUGCACCUCCCACUCCGUCAGGCUCCGCUCCCGAGAUCAGCAGCGCUCCAGCGACUGGAGCCCCCUGCUGACCGUUCAGGGGAUGGACAUUCCCGACAACCCCGACGCAAAGAUGUACCCCCAGGACCUAGUGGUCCUCGUGGGCAGCAACAUGACCUUCUGCUGCAUCAUGGAGGAGGGGAAGCAGUUCGGCAGUUUCCAGUACCUGAGAGGCCCCCUGGCGAGCGUCCGGCUCAGUAGGCGGAGCUACGCGGGCACUGUGACCAAUCAGCUGCCUUCCACGCCCUCCGGCACCAACGUGUUGUGCUUCAACGACAACAACGGCUUGGGCUCCGGCGCCGUCGUGUUCGUCGGCUACCCUCCGGCGGACGGGAACCUGACGUGUGAGACCCGAGACCUGCAGUCUGUGGAGUGCCAGUGGAGCGCCGGGCGGGAGACGCACCUGCGCGGGGUCCGCCAGACAUUUUACACCCUCAACGGCAGGAACUGUACUUCUGCCAAUAAACUGGCCAGAAGUGGCAGGAGGGACAAGCUCCAGUGCAGACUGGACGCGACUCUGGAGGGGGGGAGCAGAGUGUUUACUCUGGAGGCCAGAAACCCCCUGGGUACAAUCCAUCUGAGUGACACAGCGGACCUCAGCCAGAGAGUGCGACCGUACGCUCCGCUGAAGGUGGUUGCCACGGAGACGCGCGGACGGAACUCCAACCUGCGGUGGGACUGGGGGACGAAGGGGUACGAGGCGCUGCCGCUGGAGUGCCAGGCCAGUGUGAACGGCAGCGAGCGAGCGUUCACGCUGGAGUACACGGGCCAGGGCCUGAAGCAGGCCGUGGUGACGGGGCUGGAGCCGGAUGAGGAGUACUCCGUCAGAAUCCGCUGCAGGCUGCAGAGCGCCCCCUGGAGGUGGGGUGACUGGAGCCACGAUUACACCUUCAGGACCGAGGAGGAGCGCCCUGAUGCUCUGGACGCAUGGGCCUGGAUGGUCACAAACCAAACCGGCUACAUCAAGUGGAAGCCCCUCUCAAAAAGCCACGGCCAGAUCUUAGGGUACCGGGUGACGUACGGCAGACCGGAGGAGGGGGACUGGAAGAUGCUCUCUCUCCCGCAGACCAGGCACAGCGCCCUCCUCAGGCUCGGGCCCGACGGCGAUUACAUCAUCACGGUCAUAGCCCACAACUCCGCCGGCGCAUCCCCUCCGGCCAGCGUCACCGUCCCACAAUUCGUAGCGGGCGAGACAGAAGGGGCGGUGCCCACCGUUCGGGUGGCUGGCAGCGCCGGAGGCUUUGACCUGUCCCUGCCCGCCGACGCCAACGCCAGCUGUGGCUACGUGGUGGAGUGGUGCCACGCGGGCAGAGCGGACUGCGACUGGGCGAAGGUGUCUGCCGGCAAUGCCAGCGCCAGGAUCGAGUCGGAGAGCUUUGAGGCUGGAGUUCGCUACAACUUCUCAAUCUACGCCUGCACAGACCGAGCUUCUGAGCUGCUCGCGAGGAGAGAGGGAUAUGUGCAGGAGCUGGUCCCUGCCCAGCCCGUCCCCUCGUUAAUGGUGGAGCAGUACAAACGGACGUCGGGUGCCCUUCUGAGUUGGGGCGACAUUCCCCUGGAGAGCCGAAGGGGGUUUAUCAGUGGAUACUCCAUCUACAGGGCCAUUGGGACCCACCUUAUGCCGAUAGCAAAUCUAACCAAUCCGGACGCCCGGAACUAUACGGUGAGAAACCUGACCCCCGGCUUGUACAAGUUCACCGUGAAGGCUCACACGUCUGCCGGGCCCGACGAGGGAGCCACCGUGUCCCUCAACCUGGACCUGACCACUGAUUGGCUGGUUGGCGAGGUCCUUAUUGCCCUGGGUGCGAUGACCGCCUUCCUCAUCCUCAUGACUGUCGUCUGCUACGAGAAGAGGCAAUGGGUGAAGAAGACCUUCUACCCUGAGAUUCCAGAGCCCAAACUUCAGGAAGAGUGGUCCACCACACCCGGACCGUUUGGCGGCCGGACUCUGGACGUGCAGCCCUGCCCCCACAGCACGGUGCACAUCGUGGAGGACCCGGGGCACGGGUCCGGCAAACUGGAUCCCACGGAGGACGGAGAGGAAGACGAGGAGUCCGGCGACAGCUCCAGCGACACGGACUCUUCCGACCCGGUUGUCCUGCGCUACUACAACCAGGUGGUGGACGAGGGGUCCCGGUGCCCCCCCUCCACGGACUCCUCCGCCUCCUCCAUGGCCUCCGCACGCACUGACGUCACGUACACUGGGAUCCAGAGCCCCGCCCCCUGCACCUCCUCCUCCUCCUCUUCCUCUGCGGCGGCGGCGGGGGCGACCCAGCCGGAGGUCCCGCACACGGGGGGGUACCGGCCCCAGAUGGCCCCCGCCCCGGAGCCCGCAGAGCCCCAGCAGGACUGCGCCGAGCCGGCCGAACCCACCGACCUCCCCCUCCUGGGCGGGUUCGGCGGGUUUGGGGGCUACCAGCCCCAGAGCACCUGGAGGGCCCCCACCCCGGAGACCCGCAGCCUCAACAGCUCCCUGGGGAGCCCCACCUCCGUCAGCUCCUCCCAGUUCCUGCUCCCCGACCCCGAGACCGAGGAGGGGGGGGAGCGCGCCCCCUCCACCACCUGGUUCCACAGCCUGCUGUCGGGCAAACCCUGAUUCCCCCCCCCCUCCACCACCUGGUUCCACAGCCUGCUGUCGGGCAAACCCUGAACCCCCCCGCCCCCCCCCUCACCUUGCACCUCCUCCAGUCUGCGGGUUUAUUUCAGUUAGUGGUUUUUUGGCGUGCUCUCAGCAGAGCGCGCGCUGAGAGGAGCAGCCCCCAGGGUUAGCGCUAGCCGCUGGGCUCGGCCGUGCUGACACAGCAGGUGUGUGAGAACUCGAGUGCUACCAGCCAGUUACACGGAGUGCGAGUUACUUUACUUCCUGAGGGUAUUUUCAACCAUUUCAUCUGCAGUUUCUGCAUUUUAUUAUGUUUCAGUUUCCCCCUCCAGAGCAGUAUUCUACUUUUCUUUCUUUUUUUAAUUUUUUUUUGGCUGUAGCAGUUUUUUAUUUUUUUAUUUUUUUUUGUUAUGUGAUAUCCAGUUAAAGGAAUUUGUAUGGUGGUUGACGAUUGAUCAGGGGUGGAUCCUCUUCCUGUCCUUCGUCAGGCUCCCGGGAAUGUUGGCUAAACUACCAAUUACUGUCGCCGUCAUCGUGGGGGAAACAAUUCACCACAAUAAGCUCAUUAGUGUAUAAAACUGCCAAAUAUUGCCACAGAUGUAUACUUUCCAGUAGUCCCUAGUUACCUCCCUGUCCUUGUAGUUAGCUUUGAGAAAUUAGAAAGUGAGGCAGCUUAUUUUUUUAGAUUCUGUGGUUGUGCUUAUUUCUGUGUUCACCUGUUGAGGCAUUACAACAAAUUACUCUACUUUUUGACUAAAAACCCUUUUUGUGACUUUUAAGUCAUUGUAAACUACUUUCAGAUACAUGUUUACCUUUAAAUAUUGUGCUUCCUUUUAAUAUAUUAUUUCCUGAAAGAGAAAUCACUGAACCGAAUUGCAGCCUACUUGUUUGCUCGAUGGCUGUUUUCUGUUGGCUUAUUCUUGGACCUCCAACCGAUGUUGGUUGAGCUUCUCCGGCGAUGCAAAUCUGCUCCUAGUUCAUGAAGCAUGUUGUUGACACUAAUACGUGAACGAAGCAUCAUUCAUACGUGUGUGUAUAUUUACAGUGUGUAUUUAACUAUGACAGCUGUGAAUGUGUUACUCGUACACUAGAUGUAAACAGAGCUCAAUGAAUCUGAGUCUUACAGGCACAGGGCUGCGUGGUUCCAUCGGAAAGGCUCGGGGAAAGCGUCUGCGUGUGCACAGUAAAAUGUCCUGUGUUAAAUCAGCUCAAAUGUGGCAGAGGUGGAAAAGUAAGCUUAUCGAUAAAGAUAAGAUGCGAUGAAGGGUGACGGAAAUCGAUUUUUUGAAUAAACGGUGAAGUGAUGGGGAUCUGAGUCACGUGCUUCCGCUCCUCAACGCCCCAAAAAAUGCACUCAGUUGGUCAAAUGUGCUUUUUGAGAUUGUAAAAUGCUUCACCCAAAGGUGUUGUGAGAAACUACGCCUCUUAAUUACUUAAUUAGUCCUGACCCUUCAUGCCAGCUGACAUUUUGCCUGCAUUUCUUGAUUGGCUCAUGGAUGACAGCUGAAGGCUGUUCUUGCAUCCCAAUAUGAAAUUGGUGGAAACAAAACCUACGUAGACAUUGGCCCUCCAGGACGGGAAUUGCCCAUCCUGGCUUCAUAUGUACUUUGUAAGACUUGAAUUAGCACUGGACACUUUACUGUGUACAAACUGAAAUUCAUACAUCUGCCCUUGUAAAAACUGUUUACUUGGUCUGUGUUCGGAUCCACCAGCCAGACAUUUUCCCGAAGAAUGCCUUCUCAAAUAUCUGUUGCCUUUUCUCCCCAGAGAACAUAAAAAAUAAUUUCACGUUUUACUGAGAUGUUCAUGUUCACUGACCAUGAUGAGGCAAACUACUGAUCAUUUUUCACAGAGCAACCUUAAGUACUCUUGAAAAACUCACUACUUGGCUGUUUGCGGUGUUUCAGUGUGUGUGCAAGAGUGUCUGUGUGUUCGUGCAUGUGAGUGUGUGUGUGUGAGAGUGUGAGCGAGUGUCUGUGUGUGUGUGAGAAUGUGAGUGUGUGUGUGUGUGAGAGUGUGUAUGUGUGUGCAUGUGUGUGUGUGCUCAAGUGUCUGUGUAUGUGAGUGUCUAAGUGUGUGUGUGUGUCACUGAUUGGGCUUCCUCUGACAUCAGGUCUUCUCUAGGUUUUUCCUGCAGGUUCAUCCGGGAUUUGGUUCACAUGGACAUCAUGUUAAGGGUGUAAUGUGUUGGCUGCCUGGGUAUGAUGUCAUCCUCAGCGUUGGCUGCUGGGUAUGAUGUCAUCCUCAGUGUUGGCUGCUGAGUAUGAUGUAAUCCUCAGGAAUGGUGCUGGUUGCUACAGCAGUGUUAGUUAGCAAACCAGUGACCGGGAUUCAGGACGCAGCCUACAUCAUUGGGUGGGAAAGUGGUUUUCAUGGACUUACGGAAUUCUUGCGCAUUAUUCUACAUCUGAGCCUUAAAUAAUUAAGCUUUAAAUACUACUGUGACAUGGAGGUUGUCCCUGGGGUUGGAACUGAAUGGGAGACUCACCACAGGAUGCGUCCUCCUCUUAAGUUGUGACGUGUGUGGGAUCAGUCCACAGUUUUGGAACGGAUGACGAGGCUCGUUGUGGAAGGAGGGCCGAGUAUGGAGUCACUCCAGGAGAGGGCCGGAGUCGUCUCUGUGAACUGCAGCAUUGAGCUCUUCAGGCCACAAUGCCCAACUGUCGUUUCCUCAGUGUGUGAAGUCACACAGACCUUCGCCGUCGCUGCGUGUGUGUGUUUGUGCUGUGGCUUAAGGACUCUAGACUCUGGCUCGUAGGCACGCCCGUGGAGACUGACUGGAACCCGGAAAUUGCUCUCCUGUUAACGUGCAUCUCAGGCAAGACUCCCGCAGGUCACCUUGGAGACCUGCUGCAAAAAUUUAAGCGAGCUGUGACCGUCAGCUGGAGCUGAGCGCUUGUGAAGGUCGCCGAUCUGCAGUCGCGCUGAAAAGAGAAAGCCAAUUAAAACAGGUUGCCGGUCGGACUGAAGGUUGAGCCGUUUCAGCAGGUGCAGGUGGAGUUUGUGUGAAAACAAGGCGGAGCUAGUCGCUCCCUCAUUCUACGUGUUGAUUGGCUCCACCCAAGCAAACUGGUUACAGUUCCUGGGUCUUUCUCUGGUUUUAAUUGCUUUAUCUUUUCCUAUGUGCAUGUUGCAGAACUUGUUCCUGUGUAGGCUAACAACUGUACCUAAGAUAUAAUUGUUAUGUACACUCAUACUUGCUGAAUAUGUAAAAACACUAGUAUUCUAUUGACUGUGCAAAAGUGCAUGAUACUAACCUGGAUUAAGAAGAUUUCAAAAAAUUAUGCAAAUGGCUGGUCGUUCGUUAAGCAUUGAGAAUGUUUUUUUUUUUUCAGUUGGUGUAACAUGGCUUAAAUGACCCUAACACAAACCGUUUUUAAAAGCUCUUUGUUGACACUAAAAUAAAAUUUAGGGAGGUGCUUUGUGAAUAAGGAAAAAGGCUAAUUUUGUGUGUAUACAUUGUCAUUAGAAAUCCAUUUGUGCUAUUGAAUAAGAUAUUCAGGUUAACAUAAAUAAAAUAUGAAUAAUACCA